CGUCUUCCUUCCUUCUUUCUUUCCUGUCUGGCGUUCUAUCUGAUGAGUCGAUGAGAUAAAAGUAAAGAUUAGUUUCCUCUGAGCUUCAUUAUCAUCUAAAAUCCCCUCUAUUAAAGAUUCUUUCCUAAACCUAAUUUUCAAGAUGUUUUUAGGGUUUUGAGCUUCGAGUUUUUGUAUUUUCUUCCAUAUUAUCCAAUUUGUGGGUUAUUUCAUAUUCUAAACCCUGGUUUCAGUAACCAUGGCCGUUCCCAAUAUCUCUGCAAUUUCACUCAAGUCUCGUCUUUCUUCUAGCUUAUUGCAACUUCCCGCGGUUCAUCGACCCUGCACUUGCAAAUCUAAUUCUUACAAUGUAUCAUCCGUCAAAGGAUCAGUUCCAGUGCUUCGUAGGUCAUUAUUGGGCCAGGUUUCGGCUGAAUUUGGGGGAUCAAUGCCCCGGUGCCAAGUUUCUCGCUCAAAUUCAUGGAAACCAUGCAGGGUAAAAGGUGAAGACCUUGAAGGAACUUUGAGCAGUGAAACUAUCUUGGAUGAGCAAGCCCUGGAGAAGGAACUGCAGACUGCCAUUGAACAAGAAAAUUACGCCAAAGCCGCAAAAAUCAGGGAUAGUCUCCGUUUUCUACAUGAAGACGGCAAGGCUUCUGUUCUAGCAGCAAAUGCGCGCUUCUACAACUCAUUCAGACAAGGAGAUCUGUCAGCGAUGCAAGCUUUAUGGGUGAAAGCUGAUCAUGUCUGUUGCGUGCACCCUGGCGUAUCUGGAAUAUCUGGUUAUGAUCUCGUUAUGGGUAGUUGGGAAUUUGUCUGGGCUGAGUAUGAAUUUCCGCUAGAGAUAGAGGUGAAAAACGUCCAAGUCCAUGUAAGAGGUGAUGUUGGAUACGUAACAUGUUUAGAAAUAGUUAAGACCAAAGGAAGCAGUUGGGGGAAACAAUUCGCAACAAAUGUCUUCGAGAAAAUUGAUGGUCAGUGGUUUAUGUGUAUUCAUCAUGCAUCAUAUAUAGAUUUGUGAAGUAAUAUGGAUCUUGAGUAAUAAUCAUAAGUGGUAAUUAUAUAAUUACCCUUACUCUUGACUGACCUUCACAACUACCCUUAAGGGUAUUCAAUAGCAACAGAAAAGAAGUUUAUUUGCAUGAAAUGAAUCGAGAUAAAUGGCAAGCUAUGUCUGUAGCAUGCUGUAUUGAAUCUACUUGUAUCUCUAUCUGUUAGGCUGUUUGUACUAAUGCUUGUAGACAACAAUUUAUGGUUUUAGCUGAUUUCUUUGUACAAUAAAAAGAUCUAGAUUCAACAAUUUUUAGAAAUGAAAUCAAGAUCGUUACAGAUGAUAAAUAUCUGAAA